CGUGUUUGCACCGUAGUAGAGCAAACAUACACCUAUACAAGUACACAAUGGCAGUCCAAUCAUUCCACCAAAGAAGAGCCAACGAAAAGUUCGCCAGCAACAUCAAGAAGGUCAGAACCGGAGAAAAGCAAAAGCAGAAGAAGGAGGGCAUCGAAAAGGUAAACAUUCCAAGAUGGUUGGUGAUCCUACUCUGUUUCCUUCUUCUUGGAGGUGGUAUCCUCGAAAUCCUUAGAAUAUUCUUCUAAAAGGGUGUUACAUAUAUAACAAACCAAAGCAUUGCUAUCCAUUGGCUUGAUGUAUAGUGGACGGCAGUUUGCCAGAUGUGUAAAUUAUAACAAUAACUAAGUCGAAUAUGCUCCCUCGUAAAUCCGCC